GAGGUGUGUAAGGACGCUGGGGAUUUGGUGCGUACGGUCAGGGACAGUACGGAGCGGAUCCAGAUAUUGUCAGGGGAUCUGGAGAGGAUACCGUGACAGUGAGCUUGAGGCCCAGUCAACGCUGAUACGUGAUCGCGUACGGCAGCACAAGAGCUCAUCACCUGCCUCAAUCAUUGAAGCAAUCAACCAGCUUAAAAAGGGGGCUGAGGUAAUGAUGCUCUCUGCUGAGUUGAUGCGCGAUUGGAUCUCCAGCCUUGAGAGAGCCAACGAGGCAGCGUCAGCACGUAAACAACAUAAGAGAAAGCGUAUACAGAAGCAAGGGGUCUUAACAAAAGGAGCUGGCGAGGAUAUACUUGCUCAAUGUGAGGCUGAUCAGCAGAUUGCUCUUGAGAGGCGUCAGGGGGGAGAGCGAUCAGGCCGCAGCCGCCAGGCUCUGGUGCGCUGCACAAAGUGUAGAAAGACUGGCCAUAACUCACGUACAUGCAAAAAGGAUACUGUAGAUACUAGUUAACCUGCUACACUAAUAUCUAUAUAUUAUCUUAUAACGUGGUUGAGUUGCACACCUGUAGAGGUGCGCAAAGUUGGUGGGGUGGGCGACUCGCUUGUACGGGCGACUC